UGAGAAGGGGUUAGUCGUGCGUAUCGAAAUAGAUACUAUGUUCCUUUAUGGAUCCGUACAUUUCAUUUAGGAUUAGGAAGAGACAUAAUCGAAUUUGCUUUUUACAAAUCUUUCCUUAUUAAGGGAAGCUUCUUAGAGGCCUUGACCUUGAACCACAGUGAGUGUUGUGACAAGGGUUUAAGUCGUGGGAACCAGCCUGUCUGCCUACCCCUCCCACUCCAUGUGGUAAGUAGGAUUUUUUGCAUUGGUACAUACCACCAUCGUUAUUUUCUGAUUUUCAAGAAUGAUUCUAACUGAGUCGGGCAUAUUGUGAUUUAUGCAUUAGCUUCGGGUUUGCGGUUCUGCUUUGCACGCUCAUUUUCCCUAUGGCUGCUAGGUUAAUGAGCACAGCUACAUUGGCCUUGUUAUUAAUCAUAAAAAAUUGUGCAGGCACAGAAACCGACCAUAGAACGUGCUAUAAAAUUACUCGGUGGAAACCCGCUCACUUAAGAAUGGCCAUUCAUGCACUUUCUGUGGCCGGUUCUGUGGUUGAUGUGUUUUUCUGCAGAAUUACUCCACCUAACCUUGACUUUUGCCAAACGGGUAUAUAAAACAAGAAAGACAGAGCAAGGAAAUUUUUCCCUCUUUCUUGUACUCCAUCACUAACGAACGAUGAUUAAAAUUUUGAAAUAUGCCACCGUUUUCUUGCAAUUGUGAGCAAUCUUCACAACUCUACUAUAAAAUCCAGAGCCACAUUAUACUAUGAUCAAAUUCAAGUUACUCCAAGCAAACCUGUACGCUUCACAAUGAAGUCUUCGAGUCAAGCAGUCCCCCUCAUGGCUAUUCUUAUGCUUGUUCUCUUGGUUUCCCCUUCUUCAGUGGCUGCGAUUACUUGCGGUGAUGUGCUCAGGAACAUCAGCCCUUGCGUGAGCUACCUGAUUAGCGGCAGUGGGAUGCCACCGCCGCCCUGCUGUGCUGGAGCCAAAGCUCUUGCUGCUUCUUGCACCACCACUGCUGACAGGCAGACUGCUUGUGGCUGUAUCAAGACUGCAUCCAAGAGCUUGAAUGUGAAACCUGCGCUCGCAAAGGCACUUCCAGGGAACUGUCAAAUCAACUUGGGUUUCACUGUCGACCCCAACAUCGAUUGCUCUACGAUCAGCUGAACUUGAAGCCGUCUAGAGAUGGAGGAUGUGAGAUGCUUCCAGUCGAAGCAUAAUCUACCUUAGUAAAAUAAACCAGGAUCUACUUAUGCAGUUCCGCAGUUUUUCCUCACUAGUACUAUCACUUGCUUUAGGCUGUAUUUGUAUCGAAUAAAAGUGUUUUCUCUUAUCUGGUGAGUAAUAUACUGUAGAACACUAUGUUUAUGCA